AACCCAAUUCGUUCCAAGUGACGCGCGUUGAGGCGUUUAAGAAAAACUGCGGAACGGGCUCGUGCUCCUCUUUUUCUUUCUCGUCUAUCUUUCUGCAAAAAUGUCAAAAAUGAAUGUUGACUCAGACAAUACCAUUGACGAGGGCUUGUACUCUCGCCAGCUUUACGUGCUUGGCCAUGAAGCCAUGAAGAAAAUGAGCGUUGCCCACGUACUCGUUAUUGGUCUCAAGGGCCUCGGUGUCGAAAUUGCCAAAAACGUUAUUCUCGCUGGUGUAAAGAGUGUCACCCUGUACGAUAAGACACCCGCUUCUAUUUCUGAUUUAUCUGCACAGUUUUAUUUGAGACCUGACGAAGUGGGUCAGGAGCGUGCUAAGGUGUCACAGCCAAGACUUGCAGAACUCAACCAGUACGUUCCUGUCAAGGUUUUGGAGGGUGAUUUGACGGAGGAAACAUUGAAACAGUUCAAGGUUGUUGUCGCAACAGAAAUGAACCUUAGCAAGCAGCUCGAGAUCUCAGAAAUUUGUCACGCCAACAAUAUUCACUUUAUUUCUACCGAAGUCCGCGGUUUGUUCGGUCGCAUCUUCAACGAUUUCGGCAAACAGUUUGAGGUUAUUGAUGCAACCGGUGAAGAGCCUUUGACUGGCAUGGUUGCUGCCAUCACCAGCGAUGCCGAGGGUGUCGUUACCUGCUUGGACGAAACGCGACAUGGUUUUGAAGAUGGCGAUUACGUUACAUUCACCGAAGUUCAGGGCAUGCCUGAAUUAAACGCCUCCGCACCCAGAAAGGUCAAGGUUUUGGGCCCUUAUACCUUCAGCAUUGGUGACACGUCCGGAAUGGGCGAGUACAAGACCGGUGGUCUCUUCACUCAAGCCAAACUUCCUAAAUACGUCGACUUUUUGUCCUUCAAGGAAUCAUUGAGCAAGCCCGAAUUUUUAAUUUCUGACUUUGCCAAAUUUGAUCGCCCUAUCCAAUUGCAUCUUGGCUUCCAAGCUCUCCAUCAGUUUGUUGAAAAGAACGGACGUUACCCCAAGCCCCGCAACGAACAGGAUGCUUCGGAAAUUUUCGAACUGACAAAGGCUCUCGUAGAUACCGUCGAAGAUAAGCCUGAACUCGACGAAAAGGUUAUUAAGGAAUUGGCAUAUCAAUCAGCUGGUGAAAUUUCGCCCAUGGUUGCUGUCUACGGUGGUCUUGGUGCCCAGGAAGUUCUCAAGGCUGUCAGUGGCAAGUUCAACCCUAUUCAUCAGUAUAUGUACUUGGAUGCAUUGGAAGCCUUACCGACAAGUGUCAAGCUUUCUGAGGAAUUGUGUGCUCCAUCCGGAUCUCGUUAUGAUGGUCAAAUUGCAGUGUUCGGCAGAGAAUUCCAGGAAAAGAUUGCGAACACCAAGGAGUUCCUUGUCGGUGCCGGUGCGAUUGGUUGUGAAAUGUUGAAGAACUGGGCCAUGAUGGGUCUUGGUUCAGGUCCAGAGGGUGCCUUGUACAUCACUGAUAUGGAUACCAUUGAGAAGAGUAACUUAAACAGACAGUUUUUGUUCAGACCCGCAGAUGUUGGUCAAUUGAAAUCGCAAACUGCCUCCAAGGCUGUAACAGCCAUGAAUCCUGAUUUGACCGAUAAAAUUACCGUCUACCAAGAACGUGUCGGCCCUGACACUGAAAACAUUUACAACGAUGAUUUCUUUGGUGCAUUGUCUGGUGUAACCAAUGCUUUGGAUAACGUAGAAGCACGUAAAUAUAUGGAUAGACGAUGCGUCUACUACCACAAGCCUCUGUUAGAGUCCGGAACCUUGGGCACAAAGGGUAACACACAGGUUGUAAUCCCCUUCUUGACCGAAUCAUACUCCUCUUCCCAAGAUCCACCAGAGAAGGCUAUCCCUAUCUGUACGCUCAAGAACUUCCCCAACGCCAUCGAGCACACCAUCCAGUGGGCUCGCGAUUUGUUCGAAGGCUACUUCAAACAGCCAGCAGAAAACGUCAACUUGUACCUGACUCAACCCAACUUUGUCGAGACUACGAUGAAGCAGGGUGGCAACCAAAAGGAAACCCUGGACACUGUAUACAACUUCUUGGUUGCUGAAAAGCCUAUUUCAUUCUCGCAGUGCGUUGCAUGGGCAAGACUCAAGUUUGAAGAGAUUUACCACAACAAUAUCAUGCAAUUACUCUUCAACUUCCCCAAGGAUUCGGUCACAUCCACUGGUCAACCCUUCUGGUCUGGUCCAAAGCGCGCACCUGAGCCUAUUCAGUUUGAUCCCAAGAACCCUAUUCACAUGGACUUCGUUGUAUACGGUGCCAACUUACACGCAUUCAACUAUGGACUGAAGGGUGAGACGGAUCGUGAUUACUUCUAUAAGGAGUUAGAGAACGUCAUUGUACCAGAGUUCAAGCCUAAGGAAGGUGUUAAGAUUCAGGUGCAAGAAAAUGAGAACAUGGAUCAGGAUAACGGUGGAGAUUCUUUGGAUGAAACUGCCAACAAGCUGCCAGAAGCUUCCACUUUCGCCGGCUUUCGCCUGUCGCCUUGCGAAUUCGAAAAGGAUGACGAUUCCAACUUCCAUAUCGACUUUAUUACAGCUGCAUCCAACUUGCGUGCUAUCAACUACGGCAUUAACCCUGCCGAUCGUCACAAGACCAAGUUCAUUGCUGGCAAGAUCAUUCCUGCCAUUGCUACUACCACUGCGAUGGUAACUGGUUUGGUGUGUCUUGAGCUGUACAAGAUCAUUGACGGCAAGAAGUCUUUGGAAGAUUAUAAGAACGGUUUCGUCAACUUGGCUCUGCCAUUCUUCGGUUUCUCUGAACCCAUUAGUGCUCCCGAACUCGAAUAUGAUGGCAAAAAGUUCACACUGUGGGACCGUUUCGAUAUUGACCGGGAUUUGACACUUCAAGAGUUCAUUGAGUACUUUGAAAAGGAGCACAACUUGGAGGUUACCAUGGUAUCCUCUGGUGUAUCCAUGCUCUACUCAUUCUUCAUGGCCAAGAAGAAGGCAGAGGAGCGUUUGAAGAUGAAGUAAGUUUCUAAAGAUCUUAAAAAAUAAAAAGAGGAGGGACAGGGAGAGACAUCGAUUAUUCUAAUCACGAACAAAA